AACCCGGAGCCGGUGGAGUGGUGUUUGAGGGAGCCUGGGGCUUGGUGUUGACACCGGCUGUUUGCUCGGGAGGGGGAGCUGCCGGCUACCAGUGGGGCCUGCUGUACGCCAACUCACGCCUCUGAGUCUUCAGGGUUCACGGUUCAUAAUCCCGGUCCCGGAGGUACGAUUCCAAGAAGUCUCCAUUUGGACUAAAGGAUGCCAAGUGUAGUUAGUAUGUGUAUAGACCCUGCUGUACCCUCUUCUGAAGUCUCAGAUUUCAGGCUGCUCCCUGGAUCUUCCAGGUCAAACCAGUUCCUCUGCUGCUUACCUGUGGCUGCAAACCCCGAUGGCCAGACCAAGCGCAAGAAGAUACCGAGCCGGAGGCAUGCGCGCUUCCUAGAGAGGAAGGCUUUCCUGGAGAAGGAAGGGAUCCUCAAGCAGGGUCUGAUCAAAAGGAAGUGGCGACCUUUGGACCAAACAAGCUGUCCAAGCAUCAGUAACCCUAACUGUACACGUCAGUCUGGAGACGCCAAGCGACCAGGUGGUUCUGAUGCGAAUGGAAAUCACUCCCAUCUGUUUGGUGCUUCCAGUCCAUGGCCUGAAGCUGAAAGGAGAGAUGUUCGCUCUACUUGCUCUUCGAAAUCCAUGGACCAGAGCAGUAAAACUUGUCCUUUAGAAAGGACGAAUCUGCUGAACCCUGAGAACCUUUAUGGGCUGCCGCAAGCUGCACUCCUGUGCCAGACAAGUCCGUCACCCAUCUGCUGUAAUCCUGCCAAGUAUGUGGCAAUUGACUGCGAGAUGGUUGGAACAGGCCCCUGCGGGCGUGUUAAUGAAAUGGCCAGGUGUAGCAUCGUGAACUAUCAGGGCCUAGUCAUCUAUGACAAGUAUGUGAAGCCUAAACAACCCAUCACAGAUUAUCGGACCCGCUGGAGUGGCAUACGAAAACAGCAUAUGGUGAACGCAAUUGAGUUUAAUGUUGCUCGGAGGGAGAUUUUGAAGAUACUGAAGGGUAAAAUUGUCGUGGGCCACGCAUUGCACAAUGACUUUAAAGCAUUGAAGUAUUUUCAUCCGACAUCUCUGGUAAGGGACACGAGUAAGAUCCCUUUGUUGAAGCGGAAGGCUGGCUUUCCUGAAAGAGAAUCCGUAUCCCUGAAGAAUCUGGCGAAGCAACUUUUGGGUAAAAGCAUCCAGGUUGGUAGAGAUGGGCACUGUUCUGUUGAGGAUGCCUGCACCUCGAUGGAGUUGUAUCAACAAGUGGAGAGCCAGUGGGAACAGAAACUGUGCGAUCAGUCAUCGAUGGCAAACGAAGAAGUGGCUUCUGAAACAAACUCUGAAAUCAGUCGAUACAUGGAUGACCAAUACUGGCCCACUGAUCUUCAUAAGGACAGUAAAUGAUCUGAGCAUGUAUUCUUCAGCUAUAGGAAUCACCAGCAAAGAUGAAGAUUUGCGGCAGUCUAAACACUUGAAGUCAUGAAUGCAUUCCCUUGGUUUCAUUGUUCUCAAGUCUUUGCAGCUACUAACUAAUGCCACACACGGUUAGUUCUCCCACACCCCUGUGAUCUUUACCAAUGCAAUUGAUCGAAUGCAGCAGCUAAUGGUCACAGACUGAGAUCCACUAAUUCAGCUUAUGUCUGGAGUUCUUCAUCGGAACUUCCCGUAAUGUGUGGCUCAGUGCUAUGCAAAAUGGUGUAGUUCGCCACCUAGGGUGUCUGAACAUAAUAAAGGAGAAUGGAUGUCGCAUCGUGUGCUAUUCUUACAUCCCUGAGACCUAGAUAGAAAUUCAGACCUAGAACAGUCCCAAUGCUGUACAUGGUGGGCAACUAUAAAAUUGCUUGAAGAAAGCAGGCAGUUGUAUGGGGAAGGGAGAAAUAUUUUUCUGUCCUGCGGUAAUUCCUGAGGUAAAUAGUUGGGCGUAAUUGGGGAAUCUUGCAUUUUGUAGCCACGCUUUACCCUCAUCCAACCAGGCCAAUGCUGCCAAUUAUUUCACUCUUGUCUUGAUGUUUGAAUUUUUAGAUAAGUUUAAGCCCUGUAUGUUUCUCCAGAAUGUUACCUUAUUUUCUACUUUUAAUGUGUGUCUUCUAAAUUCGUCCUUCCCUUUCAAUCUCUGUGGUGCUGAGAUCACUUUCAACCUCCAAACUCUGAGAGCAAAUUAAUGCAAAACAGAAGCACAGCGUCGUUAUUCUCCACUCUGCUUAUGUUGAAAGGAAUUGCAGUUUAAAUGGAGGCAGAUUAUUUGCUCCGCCCUGUGACAUCAUUGGGGCAGUGGUUUGUGGGUAUUAUUCCCCAUUGAUGAUCUCAUAUGAGAGGAGUUCUAUACAAAAUGUCUACUUCGAGGCUGUCUUAACAGUAUAAUUCAGACUAACAAAGCACGAUGCAGAAAGCAGUAAGUGUACUGGUCCAGUUGCUUCAGUAAAUGUUAAACUAACACGCAGUGGAUGAGGAUCUGCUGGUUUUGGAGGGUGUGGAGAUUGGCUUUGCUUGAUACUAUUUUUUGUAACUGCACUUUAAUGCCACUGUUUUGUGGACUAACGAUGGGCAUUUCAGUCAACUGGAAACUGCUUGGCUUCAUUAUUAGCUCAUUAGAGUUCUAUAAUCCCAGUUUCUCCAUUUCCUUCUUUAAACUUCUUUUGCCUUGAAUUUAACUUAUUUUCUCUUAACUGUCAACAGGUUCAUAGACAUGCAUAUUCUAUGUUUUAGUUUCGCUCCUUGUUUCGUUGGCUGCAAAGGGCUUCAAAAUAUGUGAAAACUAACAGAUAUAAUAUCACUGCUACCGUAUUUAAGUAAUUCUUCAGCUUAAAAACUCAUCUGAAAACUUCAGUGUGAAACAUUGCAGUCUUGGGUUUCUGCCAUGUAAACAUUCCUGGCGUUUGGGUCAAGCGUGUGUGUGUGCGCAGACUCUCCCCUUUUGCUUGGGAGGGGGAGAAAUGCAACUGUAUGAAGGUGUGCUCGCACAAUUUUGGUUGGAGUUUGUAAUGUAAAUAAGAGCCAAACCAUCUGGCCAGAAACAAUCUCUUUUUGUCCCUUCCCAUGUCCCAGUAAUCUCCAUCUUUUCUGGAGGGGCAGACUCAUGCCGAGAACCUGUCCCAUAGCAACAACGAUUCCUCUUCUGCGUCACUCUAGCCACUUUUCUUGUGCCAUCCCAUUUAUUGUGACAUCCCUUAUUGAGAAAGCCUUCCUCAGCUGCCUCAGAAGAAUGUUAAAGAUCCCA